UGCACAGGUGCCAACCCCCUGCACACCAAUGGUUUGGGACACACUGCAAGGGCCUAUGCGAAGGAGGGAGACGUGAGCACAGUGCUGCUGGAGUGGGAGGGAAAAUUCCAGGAGGCACAGGCUCGACGGGAGGCAGAGGAGAGGAGGAGGUUCCCCCUGGAGAGGAGGCUGAAGGAGUACAUCAUCGGACAGGAGGGGGCCAUCAACACUGUGGCCUCAGCCAUCAGGAGGAAGGAGAAUGGUUGGUACGACGAAGAGCAUCCUCUCGUGUUCCUCUUCCUCGGUUCAUCAGGAAUCGGUAAGACGGAGUUGGCCAAACAGGUGGCCCGCUACAUGCACAAGGACAUUAAAAAGGGUUUCAUCCGUAUGGACAUGUCGGAGUUCCAGGAAAAACAUGAGGUGGCAAAGUUCAUCGGCUCUCCGCCGGGGUACGUGGGACAUGAGGAGGGAGGUCAGCUGACCAAGCUGCUGAAGGCGUGUCCCAACGCCGUGGUCCUGUUUGAUGAGGUGGACAAGGCUCAUCCUGACGUUCUCACUAUCAUGCUGCAGCUUUUUGAUGAGGGUCGUCUCACCGACGGUAAGGGGAAAACCAUCGAAUGCAAAGACGCCGUCUUCAUCAUGACGUCUAAUGUUGCAAGUGAUGAAAUAGCCGAGCAUGCACUGCAACUCCGUCACGAAGCUGAAGAGGUCAGCCGCAGGAAGCUGGCUGACAAGCUUGAGGAUGUACAGAAACGUGAUGACGUCAAAAUCUCCCGACAGUUUAAAGAGUCUGUGAUUCGACCGAUCCUGAAGGCUCACUUCCGGCGGGACGAGUUUCUCGGUCGGAUCAAUGAAAUUGUAUACUUCCUGCCAUUCUGUCACUCAGAGCUGCUGCAGCUGGUCAGCAAAGAGCUCAGCUUCUGGGCCAAGAAGGCCAAGCAGCGCCAUGACAUCACUCUGCAGUGGGAUCGCCCGGUACUGGACCUGUUGGCAGGCGGGUAUAAUAUGGGCCCUCAGGAGCCUCUAGGGGACCAUUGUGUCCCCCCUUCUGUUGACUCAGACGUCAUGAAUGCCAAAGCUCCCCGUUACUGUUUCCGUCCCAUCGGCCCAUGA